GUGAUAUGGCAUACUGUAGAGUUUUCAGUUCCCUGCUCCCAAAAAAAAAAAAAAAAACUAGAUGCCACCAAAAUCCAGGUGAUUAAGUGCACUAUUGAGCAAAAACAACAGAGAUAAUAACAUCCAAUAAACAUGUUUUUCUCUAUUAAACAUUUGCAGGAAUAAAAAAAAAAAAAGUUUUCCAAAGUCAAAGGGGGGCGGGAUCAUGUCGCCCUUUGUGUUGGGGAGUCCUUCGUGCGUGUCAUCAUCAUCACCCAUAAAGCAGAUGAGGACGAGUCCCCAAAUGCCUGGAGGGGACAAACCUUGACGAAGCUGAAGGCAUUGCGCAGGAGCAGCCAGCCAGCCAGCGGACAGGUGGCUGUCAUCAUCAUCACGCACGGAUACGACGAGAAACACGCAGAGGACAAGCUGGAGAUGUUUGAUUUAAAAACACAGCUGAGCGCAGAGAGGAUGAGGAAGGAGCGGAAUGCAAAGUGACUUUUGAGGGUGACAGUCGACUCGAGCACUAGGAGACAGACAUCGGGUGUAAUAGAGAGAGAGAGAGAGAGAGAGAGAGAGAGAGAGAGAGAGAGAGACAGAGAGACAGAGAGACAGAGAGCAGUACCACCAGCAGUCUGACAAAGCUGUGCGCUCCCUCCAACUUUGACAUCCCCAGCGGGCUACACAGAGGAGUUGUGCUCCGCCGCUGCCAUGGAGCCUCGGAAGUGUACUGGAUCUGUAUUGAUUGGAGUUUACCUGUGGGCGACAUUCUGCUGUCAAGGUUGUCAUGGCGGUGUGUACCAGAGGAAGCUGUACCGCGACCUGAUGGUAAACUACAAUCGCCUGGAAAGACCCGUCCAAAACGACUCUGCGCCCAUCGUUGUGGAACUGGGCCUCACACUGCUACAAAUCAUCGACGUGGAUGAAAAGAACCAGGUGUUGAUGACAAAUGCUUGGCUGCAGCUGUAUUGGACAGACGUUUACCUUUCAUGGAACCCGGAGAGCUACCCCGGGGUUCAGAAUCUGCGCUUCCCAUCCAAUCUGGUAUGGGUCCCAGAUAUCCUCCUCUACAACAGUGCUGAUGAGAGGUUUGAUGCUACGUUCCAUACUAAUGUGCUCGUAAAUUCUUCAGGAGCCUGUCAGUACAUCCCACCAGGCAUCCUAAAGAGUACCUGCUACAUCGAUGUGCGGUGGUUCCCAUUCGAUGUGCAGAAGUGUGACCUCAAGUUUGGCUCCUGGACCCACAACGGCUGGCUGCUGGACCUCCAGAUGAUGGACGUGGACAUCUCCACCUACAUACCCAACGGGGAAUGGGAUCUUGUAGGUGUGCCGGCGAAGCGUAAUGAGCUGUAUUACGACUGCUGUAAGGAGCCCUACCCCGAUGUGACAUUCACGGUCACCAUGCGACGCAGGACACUUUACUACGGCCUCAACCUGCUCAUUCCCUGCGUGCUCAUCUCUGGUCUGGCCCUGCUGGUCUUCCUGCUCCCUGCUGACUCCGGAGAGAAGAUCUCUCUUGGCAUCACAGUGCUGCUGUCUCUAACAGUGUUCAUGUUACUGGUAGCAGAGAUCAUGCCUGCCACUUCAGACUCUGUUCCUCUGAUUGCUCAGUACUUUGCUAGCACCAUGAUGAUUGUGGGCUUGUCUGUGAUGGUAACAGUCCUGGUACUACAGUUCCACCACCAUGACCCCCAUGGAGGGAAGAUGCCUAAAUGGGUCCGAGUCAUCCUACUCAACUGGUGCGCCUGGUUUCUCCGCAUGAAGAAACCUGGAGAGGAAAACAAAACAGCUGUGAGCUCCAGUAGCCUCCCAAACUACAAGUUCUCCCACCCUCCUCCUCACCAUACCAGCACCAGCAGCAUUCAGAUGAGCACCAUACCAGGGCAGGCGUCCAACCAGUCAAACACCACCAACGGGAACAUGAACCUGUACUUUGGCUACCACUCAAUGGGCACAGACAACCCUGCUUUCCCACCGAGCACUGAUUCGGGUGUGGUGGUGUGCGGCGGCGGAGGAGUCGGCCACCCUAACGGCUCCUCCCCACAUGACAUCCACUCAGAACAGUCGCGGACUUUGCUACUGGAGCAUGUUCCAGAAAUUUCCCAGAUCCUGGAGGAAGUGCAUUACAUAGCCAAGCGCUUCCGGGCGCUGGACGAGGGAGAGGCGAUCUGCAGCGAGUGGAAGUUUGCAGCGGCGGUGGUGGAUCGGUUAUGCCUGGUGGCUUUCUCACUCUUCUCCAUCAUCUGCACUUUCACCAUCCUCAUGUCAGCUCCCAAUUUCAUUGAGGCUGUGUCCAAAGACUUCACAUAAGGCUGAUCUCCUCCCUCUGAGAGGAAAAAGAGAGGCAAAGAUAACAUUAAAAAUCCUGACACGAUUAGAACUGUGCCGCUCAAGCCUCCCUGCUACAACUAUAUGUUACGAGUCACAGGAAGCAAACCUUUCCCUCUAUCUUCACACAUUUGUCAGUAGUAUAUGGUUGUUUGGAGAUGAUGUGAUGUUUUCCGUUCAAGGUGGCUCUCCUCGCUAUAGCACCGUACUCACAGUAUGCCACGUAGGAGGUUGAGGCUACAUGCAGUAGUUAAUGAUGUAGAAACUCACACUAAUGCACUUUUCGUCUGUAUCCCUGCUGUACCACAUCAUUUACCUGCCACCACAUGGGCUCCACGUCUCAUGAUAAUAUAUUGUUAACACUCCUUCCCUUCCAGCUCUUUCUUUUCUGCUACUUUUUUCCACUUCCCUUCCCAACUGUUGCUCUUCUCAUCUUCUACAAAUUGCUUAAUGUCUUCAACAGUUCAGUCAAUAGAGUUCAAUAAACAGUUUUAGGCAUAUAGUAGCUUUUUCAGGCCUGUAUUCUAGUAAUGCUAUUUUUGUUUGUAUUUUGUAAAUAAAUCUUCAUCCUACUUUACAGUAUGUGGUGAAGCUGAGAUGAAAUCUUUUUUAUUACUGUAAGUUGGUUAAUUUACUGAGAUCUACUGACGUGUUAAUUCACAGCACUGUACAUCUCACUUCUUUUUUAAACUAAGGCUGCAACUAAUGAUUUUAAUUGUAGAUUAAAGGACCAGUAUGUAACAAUUAGGGGGAUCUAUUGGCAGAGAUGUAAUAUCAUAUUAAUAAGUAUGAUUUCUUUAGUGUA